AUGUUCCGUCAAGCUAUCCGCUAUGGGGCAAGACGAACGACACGCCGCAUUACCUUGAAUCGAGCUCUUCGUGUCUCUGGUACAAGGGUUCUAUCCUCCUUGGUUCCAAAUGGGAAGCUCAAACAAGAACCUUCCCGUGAACAGAAGCGUCCUUACAAUGUCGGUACCCUGCAUCCAUCGAUGACUUCUGGGUCUGUCACCGUUUCUGAAGCACCAUUUCGCAAGCUGAUGGCCGGAAAUCGAGGAGAAAUCGCCACACGCAUCUGCCGUGGAGCUGCUGAGCUUGGCAUCCAGACUGUCGGAAUAUACAGUCACGAAGAUCGUUUCACUCAACAUCGGUACAAGGCGGACCAGGCCUUCGCACUUGAUGGCAGCAAGUCACCUGUUGCUCAGUACCUCGACAUUGACACAAUCGUCAAUAUUUGUGUUGCAAAUGGAGUCGAGGCGGUUCACCCAGGCUACGGAUUUCUGAGUGAAAAUGAGCACUUUGCUGAAGCAUUGACUAAAAAUGGAGUCACCUUUGUUGGACCCACGGUUCAAAACCUUAGAGAUUUUGGAAACAAAGCUACGGCUAGACAAAUGGCUGUCCAUGCAGAUGUUCCGGUUGUGCCAGGUUCCGAAGAAGCCUUCGAGACUGUGCAAGCUGCGAAAGAGUGGAUUGAAGACCCUGCAAACAAGUGUUUUUAUCCAGUCAUUGUGAAGGCUUUAAUGGGUGGUGGUGGACGAGGUAUUCGUAUUGUCCUAACCGAAGAAGAGCUUCAAGCAAUGUUUACCCAAGCUUCGAAUGAAGCUUUGAAUGCCUUUGGUGACGGGAGAUGCUUCGUGGAGAAGUACGUGGAAAAUCCCAGACACAUUGAGGUUCAAUGCUUAGGUGAUGGAACUGGGAACGUCAUCCACUUGUGGGAUCGAGACUGUUCAGUUCAGAGGCGUCACCAAAAGGUUAUUGAGACGGCUCCAGCACUCGGCUUACCUGGAAACACAAGGGAGCUCAUUUUGGAGGAUGCUGUAAAUCUAUUAAAGAGUGCAAACUAUCGCAAUGCUGGUACUGUUGAGUUUCUGGUUGACAAAAAUGGACAACACUAUUUCAUGGAAGUCAACCCACGCAUACAGGUUGAACACACCGUCACAGAAGAAGUUACAGGUUUCGAUAUUGUUCAAUCGCAAAUCAAAAUUGCAUCUGGUAAAACACUCCCAGAGUUGGGACUAGUUCAAGAGAACAUCCCAGAACCAACAGGUUUCGCUAUGCAGUGCCGUGUCACCACAGAAGACCCAUCGCUCGACUUCCGUCCUGAUACAGGAACUAUCAGUGUCUUCCGUAUGCCUACGGGCAUGGGAAUCAGGCUUGAUGAUGGUCCUGGAUUUCCAGGCGCAAAAAUCACCCCACACUAUGACAGUCUUCUUGUCAAAAUCACCUCCAGGGCUCGAACUCGUCGUGAAGCUGCUGCAAAGUUGAUCCGUGCUCUACGCGAGUUCCGUGUGAGAGGUGUGAAGACAAACAAGUCAUUUUUGCUCAACGUCCUACAGAACGACCAGUUUUUGGAUGGAGUUGUCGACACGGGUUUUAUUUCUGCGAAUCCGUAUUUAAUGGCUCCACUUCGUGAACAGGAUCGCGCUCAGAAGGUGCUCAAGUACAUGGCCGAGAUAAUUGUGAAUGGUACUCCAGCAGAACUUGGUGCCAUAGGUGACGCUCCAGCAUCUGUAGAUCCUUACAUUCCAACAAUUGAAGAAUCAGACCGGAAGAGAUCAAAGUCAUUGAAAAAAGUCUUUGACGAGGAAGGACCCGAAGCUUUUGCCAAUGCAGUUCGAAACAAUGAUGGUUUGCUCAUCACGGAUACAACUUGGCGUGAUGCCCACCAAUCUCUACUGGCUACAAGACUCCGCACUAUAGAUAUGCUUAAUAUUGCUCCAGCCACUUCAGUGGCUCUUGCAAAUGCUUACUCUCUUGAAUGCUGGGGAGGAGCGACCUUUGAUGUUUCAAUGAGGUUCCUCAGAGAGGACCCUUGGGAUCGUUUGGCCGACUUGCGAGAGGCAGUCCCAGACAUUCCGUUUCAGAUGUUGCUUCGGGGAGCCAAUGCAGUGGGGUACACCGGUUACCCCGACAAUGUGAACUACGAAUUCUGUAAGAUGGCAAAGGAGACUGGUAUGGAUGUUUUCAGAGUCUUUGACUCCAUCAACUAUAUUGAGAAUAUGAGACUUGGAAUUGAUGCCGUCGGUGAGGCCGGAGGAAUCAUUGAGGGUACAGUGUGUUACACUGGGGACGUCUCCAAUCCUACACGAGGAAAAUACAACCUCGAGUACUAUAUGGAUUUUGUAACUAAGUUGGAAGCGCUUGGAAUUCAUGUUCUUGCCAUCAAGGACAUGGCAGGUUUGCUGAAACCCGAGGCUGCUACUAUGCUUGUCGGCGCAAUCCGCGAGGAGUUUCCAAAUCUCCCAAUUCAUGUGCACACUCAUGACACGGCGGGAACCGGGGUCGCGAGCAUGUUGGCCUGUGCAAAUGCUGGAGCUGAUGCAGUUGAUGCUUGCUCUGACGCCAUGUCCGGUACUACCUCACAACCGUCGCUAGGAGCAAUCGUUGCUUCGACUCAAGGGACUAAAUUUGAAACAGGCUUGAGUCUGAAGAGCAUUCAGUCAUUGAACGAAUAUUGGGAAGAAUGCCGCGGUCUUUACGCUCCAUUCGAGAGUGGGCAAAAAACAGGUUCAUCUGACGUCUACAUUCACGAAAUGCCCGGCGGGCAGUACACCAAUCUCCUCUUCCAAAGCACUCAGCUUGGAUUGACUGGUCAAUGGAGCAAGGUAAAGACAGCCUAUGCUACUGCCAACCGUCUCUUAGGGGAUAUCGUCAAGGUAACCCCUUCAAGUAAGGUUACUGGUGAUCUUGCACAGUUUAUCGUAGCAAACGACUUGACCGAACAGGAAGUCAUCGAUAAAGCCGAAUCAUUGAGCUUUCCAAAAUCCGUGAUUGAGUACUUCCAAGGAUAUUUAGGGCAGCCCGCCUUCGGCUUUCCUGAGCCUCUACGUUCUCGAGUUUUGAAGGGAAAAGUUAUCGAAGGUACUGAUGAAAUGAUUGCAUUCGAAGGAAGACCUGGGGCCGAUUUGCCUCCAUACGAUUUCGAGACAGCACGAAAGAAGCUCGAAGAAAAGUGGGUUAUUGACUCUGGUCUGGGUGCUCCAACCAUGGACCAAAUCAGAGAUGUCGACGUCAUGUCUCAUGCUCUUUACCCGGCUGUAUUUGAUGAUUUCAUGCUUCACAAGUCCGAAUUUGGGUCUUUGAGUCGCAUGGAUACAAGGACCUUCUUGACAGGCAUUGGCGUUGGUGAAGAAGUUGCGGUAAAUCUUGAACCCGGAAAGCAGCUUGUGAUCAAGCUCGUUUCACAAUCGGAGCCAGACAAGGACGGAAUUGUAAACCUUCAAUUCGAACUAAACGGCUCCCCCCGUUCAGUUGCAGUAAAGGACAAGUCUGCGGGUGUCGAAGACGCCGCUGAACGCCCCAAGGCACUGAAGGGUGUACUCGGUAGCAUUGGUGCACCAAUGCCUGGAGUUGUUCUUGAGACAAAGGUCAAGAAGGGAGAUGCUGUUGAGGUGGGAACACCCCUAGUGUCUCUAUCUGCAAUGAAAAUGGAAACAAUGGUAGCUUCUCCUGUCGCUGGAAUCGUUUCGAGAAUCGUUGUGACAGCUGGAGAUCAAAUUGACGGCGGAGAUUUGUUGGUUGAGGUUGAAGACGAGUAA